AUGAUGAAUGGGUUUGAUGAAGCGGUUGAUGUAGGUGUUAAUGGUGAACCUAGAACUGAAACUAUUGCUAAUAGUGAGGCCCCAAGUGAACCAGUCAAAAACACGUUUAUCACAGAAGAGAUGGGCAAGGCACAUGUUAAUGAAGUUGACUACAUGACUGAUGAACUUGAUAGUAGUGUUUAUGAUGACAAUUGUGAUGAAAGGCCAUAUGUGAUCAGGUAUGCCACAAAAAUCCCAGGUUGCAGAGCUUUCAAGGCAAGGCAGAUUGCUAGACAAAUUGUGGAAGGGGAGUCUAGCAAAACAUUUAGCUUGUUAUGGUCUUAUGGUGCUGAGUUGAGAAAGGGCUUCACCGAGAAAUACUUUCAAGAUCAACACUAA